AUGGCUGGGAUCGAAGUGGCCGGCCUUGUUCUGGGAGCCCUUCCUUUGCUUCUGAAGUCAGUGGAUGUUUAUCGGGACGGAUUCCGCAGGUUCGGAAGCGCAUUUAAGAAGCGCAAGCACGUGGAGAAGCUGGGUCGGGCUCUUCUUCUCCAACAUCAAACACUGGAAGAGCUCAUCAAAUCUGUCGCACUAGGCAGUGGCUGUGAAGAUGUCUGGGCACUGGAAAGUGAUCCGGUCGGCUAUUUAAACAAUCCAGAAGUGCAGGCGCAAGUCGAGGAGUUCUUAGGCCCAAAGCACACAAUAUUCCUCAUCAGCGAGCUCCAGGCCAACCACGAAGCGACCAAGAAGGUGGCAAAAUGCAUUUCUGGGCUCGUUCCUUCAUACCAGGGUCCCACAGACGAUCUCGUGGCCAUUAUCAAUGCCAAUCAAGGCAAGCCCGAUUUGUUGGCUGACCUGGCUCCGAGAAUCAAACUCGUACUUGGGAUCACUGACUUGAAAAUGAUGAUCCAAGAGAUAGAUGAGGGUACUCAGACAUUACACCGCUUCUCGAGCCUCGCUGUAUCGAACUGCCACGCGAUGGGAAGCAACUCAUCAAGGAAGACAUUGAAGCUAGCGAAGGCAUUUCGACAAAUUCAAAAUCUGGCUGGCGGUCUCUACGAGGCUGUGCUGGAUGGAUUUCUGGACGAAUGCCACGAUAAUCACGAGGCCAGACUGUACCUUGACGACCGCAUCGAAAUUGCCCAAAAGGUCAUGCAUCAGAGAAACAAAGUCAAAUCUAACACGCCCCCGAUUUCUUUCGAAUUGGUCUUUUAUGCAGAUGACCAAAAAAGGGAAACAUUGCUCUAUGAAACACCGGUACAAGUCCUUGGUGAGCAUUCAACGGACCAGACCAGCAAAAGCCCUCCUGCGCACCUCGUCACCACAGCAGUCACAAUUUGUAUAGACGAAGCUCCAUCAGAAGACGAUUCCAGGCCGGAAGUAGCCAUCAUCACCAGCAUAUGCUCGGCGAUCAGAGAGGCUCGCGGUUUAAAGCCUCGCCCUUCCUUCGCACUUUUGAACAACCGCCGAAUGGGGACAUUUCGAGACGACGGCACACAUCCGUCUCCUCGUUCACAGAUUCAGGGACCCCAAAAAGACUAUAUAUCUCUUGGUCAUAUCUUGAAAGGCAUGACCACAGCACUGCCUCUCAAGCCGCGGAUGCAGCUUUCUCUACGCCUUGCAUCGAGUCUCUUGCAGCUUCUUCACACACAGUGGAUUGCACAGACAUGGUCCAAAAAUAUGGUGUUCUUCCUCGUGCCCGGGAAACCCACGGGUCUAAUCAGACCGGCUCAAGUUGACCUAAGCCGGCCCUUUAUUGCAUGCAAAUUCAGCGGCAGUGCCGACGGCCAACAGAAUCGGUCCUUUCUCGAUCCAAAAUCUGCACUAUUAGAGCUCGGCAUCCUCCUGCUCGAAAUAUGGCACGGCAUGACUCUGGAAGCUCGUUUCGAACUGGAUGAGACCUGGAGCACAUCGUCUUCAGCUGCGUACUACCAACGCUUGGUGAUGGCACUAGAGUGGCAGGACGACGGAGAGAAUCCAAUGUUAGGGUUUUACGCACAAGCUGUAGCGCAUUGCUUAACGGGAAACGCCGGUGCUGCGAGACAAGACCUCAGCUGGGACGACACAAAGUUAUGGGCCGCGAUUUGCGCCAAUGUGAUUGAACCUUUAUCUAAGCUCUGCGACGAUUUCUAA